AUGCAGAGUCUACUGUCACUGGUACUGGGGUUGACUACCAUCAUAGUCGAGGGACAUGACUUCAGCAACCAUCACCACCACGAGGUGAAGACCAUCACGAUAGAGAAGGAGGUGAAGGUGCCGUACCCGGUCCACGUGGAGAAGAAGGUACCGUACCCUGUCAAGGUGCACGUCGAGAGGCCGGUCCCCUAUCCUGUGGAGAAACCUUACCCUGUGACUGUGGAGAAGAAAGUGCCUUACCCGGUCAAGGAGUAUAUCCCUAAACCUUACCCUGUCGAGAAGAAGAUCCCUUUCCCUGUGAAGGUUCCUGUGGUGAGGCCAGUACCCGUGCAUAUCCCCAAGCCUUACCCCGUCUACGUAGAGAAGAAGGUGCCCUAUCCUGUAGAGAAACACAUCCCUUACCCGGUCAAGGUGCAUGUCCCCCGGCCUGUCCCCUAUCAUGUUCCUGUUGUCAAACACGUGCCUUACACCGUCGAGAAGAAAGUUCCUUAUCCCGUCAAGGUGCCAGUUGAGAAGCCAGUCCCCUACCCUGUGGAGAAGCCUUACCCCGUCUACGUAGAGAAGAAGGUUCCCUACCCGGUGGAGAAGGAGGUGCCGUAUCCAGUCAAGGUUCCGGUUCACAUCCCGGUCUAUGACCAUGAGCACAAGUAUCAUGAAGAACACCAUUUCGGAGGACAUUACUUAGGAGGGCAUGACUUGGCAGCGUUACAUAAUCACAAACAAUGGGACCGUGGUGUUCAACAUUCCUUUUAA